AUGUCGCCCAGCCUACGCGCUCGGGACAUACCCGCGCUGCCGUUCUUGACACUACUGCAUGUCUUCUUCACCCUCUCUUCGCUCUUCCUGAGGACGUAUGAACUCCUCACCAACCCAGAAACGGACCUCGACCACGAUGAGCUUUCCAGCUCCAGCUCUACCCGCUCUCCUGCGCGGAGAGAACUUAGCAGUCCGCCCAAGCAUAUCGGGAUGGUCAUUCUCGCUCCCAGUCGACCAAGGCAUACUUCGAGGGGCCGGACCUCGGCUACAACGUGGAAUGCCAAGGAGAAGUCAAGGGUGGUCGAGUGCGUAUUGAACCUGGUGGAGCUUGCAGCCGAGGAGGGCGUGGUGGAGCUCAGCGUGUAUGAACGGAGCGGCCUGCUAGCUUCGGCCAAGGAUGAGAUUAUGGCGGAAUUGCUGUACCUCCCGUUGUCCCCGCCUGCAUCUGAGCCGAGGACCUCUUCUGGGUUUGGCACCCCUGGCGAGGAGCUGCAUGAGGUGGAUGAUCGUGUAGGCAAGGCCAUGGGCUCUUCUGGAGGUACAGAUCAAGUCACGACUCUGACGGUCUUCCCCUCGUCCAACUAUCAUGCCGGGGCGACUGAUUCUGCGUCCAAAACUCGACGGCUGACGAUUCACCUCAUCCCGCCUUCAGCAUCCGAGGUGGUCGCCACGGUAACAAACAACCUUGUCAAGACCUCGGUACGUGCGGAAGACAUCACGCCAAGUAUGCUAGACGAAGGGGUACGAGCCGCUCUGCACUUCAGCCGGGAUCCGGAUCUGCUGAUCGUCCACACAUUGGUCGAGCCUGUCGGAUGGAAGAGCUGGCUUCCUCGACCUGCGCCAGAGCUAGGAGGGUAUCCUUUCUGGACUCUGAGGAUAUCGGAGAUCUAUCAUCACCCGCCUCCUCUGCCUUUACUAUCCCUAUUCAAACCUCUUCUCCACCUCGCCCGAACAUCCACUCUUCCCUUUCUCCGCAAACUUGGGAAGCUCGUUCCGUCACCGCCACAUAUCCGGAAUGAGAUGCUUGAUCUGUAUGAGGGCGAUGGGCGGAUAGGGAGGGAAGAGUGGGAGGGCGCUAUGCGCGCGUGGCGGGCGGUAGAGCAGCGGCUGGGUAGAUGA